ACCCGUCCGCUGUCACACGCUAUAAUCCCAGAAUUGGCAGAUCGUAACCCACCAACCCAGAAAGUAGUCAAGCAGGACAGAACCAACAGAGCUGCAACUACAAAAUAUGGUAGCAAAAUUGCGUGA